AUGCAGUGUAGAAAUGAUUCAAGAAACACUAAAAAGCUGAUUAGAUAUGGUGGUAUGGUAGUAAAGAGAAAAAUGAAAAAUAUAACUUAUUGCUAUUUAUUAAUGAUAAAUUUUCUAAAAAAAACAAAAGAUUGUAUAUGUAUAUGUAUGUAUAUAUGUAUGUAUGUAUGUAUGUAUCAAUAGUUUAUUUCAGUAUGAUACUUUUUGAAACAUAUGUAAAGCUACCAAACAAAGUUUACAUUCCCAAUGAGUUUCACUCUUCUUUUUGCCAUCUUCACUAUUUAGCAUCUGUGCUGCAUAUCUAUUUAUUUCAACAGCGUCACCGAUAAUCAUUCAUCAAUAUUAGAUUGAAUAAAUCUAUGUUCUAUCAGUGGGAUUAUCUGCUAAUUUUUUCAAAAAUAAAGGGUUUAUACCUGGUGUUCCCGUGAAGAUAAAACUUUUUCAAUUAUUAUCUCUGGGAACGCAAUUUUCACUUGUUGAAGUUUCAUUUCUUUUUAUUGCAUCCUCAUUAUCAGAAUCUUCGGAAGAUAUAUACGUUUAAAAUGUUUUUUUCCUCUGUCUUGAAAAAAAAUCUGUUCGUCGCUAAACGUACCGGCAUUUUACAGAUACCUAUCUUACCAUAAGGGGUCAUUUGACCCCUUCUGAAUAAACGUUGAUUUUUAGAAAGAAAUUCUUAAUUUAUUAAAGGAAAUAAUUUGUGCAACAUAACUUCUGAUUUCUAAUAAAAUACUCAAACAUAUAUUUUUAUUCAAAGUAAAUUUUGCUAAUUUCUAGUAAAAUACUUAAAUACAUAUAUUUUUAUUUAAAGUAAAUUUUGAAAAAGGAGGUCAUUUGACACCGCUUGGUACGUUUAGUGUUAAUUACAGAACCAAAUUAUUUCGUAAUUAAUUAAAACGGUGAAACUAUUUCGUCGUUAUAUAGAAUAAUUAUUAUUCGAAAUCAGUCGCGAUACAACACAUCGUUAUCCCGAUUAUUAACGUUGCCCAUUUUGGCCAUAAAAAUACACCUGACUCACGCGAAUAGGUUAAGUACUCUUGGGGAUGUAAAAGGGACAAAUGUGCUUACACUUUCGUCGGAAACCAAAUAAUGCGAUAAGAAUGAAAAGAAAAGAGAAGGAAAGAAAACUUCAUCAAAGCCUUAACAAUUUUCAACGUUAGAAAAAGAAAGGAAAAGAGGAAGUAAGAUUAAUGAUAUUAUUAACAAGGAAGAAAAGCCGAUAAAGAUAAAGAGUCUGACAAUGAGAGAAAGUUGUGAGUUUGUUCAGUGUAAACUAUAGUAAUUAUUAAUAGAUGGUUUCAUUCAUAGAUGGGCCAUUAAGCAGAAGUUUUACAUACGUACGUUCGAAACGUAAUGUACAAAUUAUACAACAAUGCUGUAUCGUACGCGAGGAUAGAUUAUAGCAUCUCAGCGGAAGAAGAAACCGGAUUGUCAAUUGUUAUGUAGAAGAUAUUCCAAGGGCGUUCAAAGUCUCGGAUGUUCAAGGCCCGUUGGAGUUAAUUUUCUUAGUAAGCAAAUGAAACCAGUAUCUACAUUCACGUAUUGCUCCCAUUUUCGCAAAAUUGAAUAGUACUUGAAACAAUUAAAUCUCAAAUAACACGAUAUAGUAAUUGGAACGUAAUUUUUUCCCUGAGAUAUAAAAAUUGUAACAAUAUUGAAAUGAUGUAUACUAAUAACAUUCUAAUUAUAUUAUAAUAUAAUUAUAUCUGUAUACCUGUAUAUAUAGCAUACAUUUAUAUGUACUAUAUAUACUAUAAAAUUAGUAUAUUAGUAUAAUUAUAGACUAUAUAAUAUUAUACAUGCUAUGCUCUAGAUUAUAUAGUAUAUAAUAUUAAUUAUACUGUAAUUAUACUAUAUUAAUAUUAUUAUAUAAUAUUGUAUUAAUAUUAUUAUGUAGUAUAAUAAUAUUAUAAUUAUAUAUAGUAUGAUAAUUAUAAUUAUAUAUAGUAUAUAUAGUAUAAUUAAUAUUAAUAUUAUAAUAUAAUUAAUAAUAUAGUAUAUAAUAUUAACUAUACUCUAUACUCUAGAUUAAGUAUAUAAUAUUAAUUAUACUGUAUUUUAUAGUAUAAUUAUACCAUAUUAUACCAUAAUUAUAUAAUACAUUGUAUACUAUAUACUAGAUUAUAUACUAUAUUAUGUGUUACAUACUAAUUAACAUCUAAUUAUAUUAGAAUAUAUACUAGUAUUUAUACAUACUAUAGAAUUAGUGUAUUGUUAUGGUACAUAAUUAUAUAGUACACCAUUAUAUAGUAUAGUAUUAUUAUAUAUAGUACUAUUAUAUAGUACUAUACUAUAUAAUGGUGUACUAUAUAAUUAUGUACCAUAACUAUUAUAUAGUACUACAUCAUAUGCUAUACUAAUUAAUAUACUUAUAUAGUAUUUAUACAUACUAUAAAAUUAUAGUAUUAUACAUAAAAACAUUAUAGUAUUAUACAUAUUUUAUAGUAUUUAUACAUACUAUAAAAUUAGUGUAUUGUUAUGGUACAUAAUUAUACAGUGCACCAUAUACUACAUUUAUGCUAUAUAUUAAUUAGUAUACUUACAUAUUAAUAUAUAUAGUAUAUAAUAUAUAUGUAUACUAGCAUAUAUACAAUUUAUUAGUAUUAAUAUUAGUAUAUAUAUUACUAUAUACUGUAUAUACUGUAAAAUUACAAUUACAUGUCCUAUAAUUGUAUUAUAAUAUAUAUAUUAAAUUUUAUUACAUAUAUAUAUUAUAUCUAUACAAUUAAUAUGUAUAUAAAAGAAAUAUAUAAUGGCGAAUAUGGAAAUUAUAAAUUUAUUAUAUUAUGUUAUCCAAUUGUUGUUAUUAUUCGUUAACUUAUUUUAUUUAUCUAUAUUUAUAUGUAUUUAAUUGAUACAUGACGAGAUCGUAGAAGAAUGGAAUACAUAAUUCCAAUUUCAAUGUUUGCGAUGAAUUAUUUAACGUUAUAUAACGUAAUAAUCCUUGAUGCAAAACGACGAAUACAUAGACAGUCGCGGCUCAUGAAAUAUUUAACCAGCGUUCAUGUUAAAUCAGAGCUUUUUUUUUCGCAAUAUGCAAGACGUGCAUCUGUGAUUGCGUCGAUUAAUCUGUUAAAUCACGCAUCGAAACCAUAAUUUUUAUGAAAGCGUAGGCUCCUAUAGUUUUUCCUUCCUAUAUUUCUCUUUGCUAUUUUGCAAUUUCGCAAAGUUACGUUCAUAUCUUCCUGUAUAUUUACGUCCAUAUUUCAUGAUGAUUUAUUAUUACCAAAUUCAUUAUAUAUUUAUGUAAUUUAUAUUAUAUUGCAGAUUUUUUUUAAAUUGCAUAAUUAUUUUGUUUUGCAAAUCAUUCUUGUUUUUUUGUAAUUCAGUGUGUUUCUUUUUUUUUUUUUUUUCCUUUUUAAUUAUUGUUUACGGUCAUAUCAAUUAUUAUAACCGCAACUCAUUCGGUAUCAUAAGUUUAGAGAAAUUUCUAGAAAAAAAUUGCUAAGUUUCUAGAAAAAAAUAUCAAUUAUAUAAUUUUUUUGGGCGCAGAAAAGUAUCUUUUUUUAUCUUAUCAUGAAGAUUUUAUAUUAAAUAUAGUAAAAUAUAGUUCAGGUAUAUUUUUGUGAAUCAGAAUCUCUUCCCGAAAAGAAUUAAAAUUAACAAUGAGUUAACGUAACAAAAAUCUUAAUGGAUUCGAUGUCAAAUAGAUCGAAACAGAAAGUGUAUAAUAAUAAUUAAUUCCAUUAAUUAAAAAAUGGAAAAGAGUAAUAACGUCAUGAAUUUAAAACUUGUUUAUCUAAAAGAUAAAAAUUCAGAAAUUCUUUCGAGAAAUUCUUUGAUUAACAGAUACUUAUUGAAAACAAAAUAACGUAACAAAAAAAGAUUUAGAAAAAUUAUAAUAUAAAUUAUUAACAGUUACCUGAUAAAUUAUGUAAAUUAGCAUAUGUGCAAUAGAUCAAUAAUUGUUAACUCAUUAAUAUUUUUACGAACGUUUAAAAUUUAAAUUAAAAUUUUUUUUAAGUAAUUAAUUUUCUAGAUGCAAUUUUAAAAAAUUAAUUUAAUUAUUUUUUAAAAUUAAUUUAAUUAAAUUAAUAAUUAUUUUAAUUUUCUAGAUGUAAUUUUAAAAAAUUACAGAUAUACGUAUGAACAAAAACAAUAUUUAGUUAGACAAUUGAACUUUCUAUGCCUAUACACAUGUAUAAGGUAUAGCUUUUUAGGAUCAACUCUGAUUAACUCUGUUGAAUCUUUCUGGGUUAAACGACAUUGCUAAAUAACAUAAUUUUGUUAUUUGUACAUUUACAUUUCCAGUCGUUUCAGUGAAACUUGCACGAGAAAGUGCAGGUCAUAAUGAUCAGUUCUUCAGCGAUUAAUAAUAAAAGAUAAGCUCACGAGGAAAUGCUCUUUCUGAGCAUGACAUAUGUUGAUUUAUCACUCUGAAAGUAAUAUUGGCUUUUAUAAUUUUUUUAUAUAAAUUUUUAUAUACAGAAUGCGUCGAAUGGGCAAUGCAAAAUAAUAUAAAUUAGAAUUGUUAGAUUUAAGAAAAAUAUUUGUAAUAUGCACUUAAAUUCAAAGUGCAAUGUAAAAUUAGAUUUUAGAUUUUAAUUCACAAAAGUAUAUAUUCUAUUGUAUACUUCAAAGUAUAGAUAAUUUUUUUGAAAAUAAUAAUUUAAACUUGUACUUGUCGGAUAUUUGUUAGAUCAUCCCAUGCGUAGAUGAAAAUAAAAAAUAUGUGUGUAAUUCGUCAGCGAUUGAUCGGUAAUGAAGUUUCCUAUAAUUCUUAUAAUUCAUUAUCUUCUUUCUAUCAAGUUUUCAAUUCUAAUUUUUAAAAAUUUUGAAAUAGUAACAACUCUCAUUUGUUUUAAAUGUAACUAUUUAAAAAAAAUUAUAUUAUUGGUGUAUAGAUGAUCCCAUAUACAUAUUAUAUAUACUUAUAUGUACUGUACAUGUUAUGUUUGGUAUGUUAAUAUUGUAGCAAUAUUAGUUUUUUUGUUAAAACACAAAGAGACUUAAUAAAAUCAGAUGCAUUAACAUGUCGCUUGCUAGACGCUGCAUUCGACUAUAAAUGCAAAAGGCGCACUCUUAAUUAACAGGAAUUUGUCCUAAUUCGGCCAAUUUUCGCACCACUUUGUUUCCCGCCCACGAUGAUUUCAACGAUAAAUACGUCUUAACUUGAGUAACUGGACCGUCUUAUAAAGACGCUUCUAAAUGACGUAUGGUUUCUCCUUUGUUUUAAAUAAAUCGUCGUCGGUCUCUGAUUUGAAUUUAAAUAACUUUUAAUCAGAUUUUAAUUUAUCUCUUUGCUGAUAACUUUUUUUGAUAGAACAUAAACAAAAAGAAAUGCUAGAUACAGAUCAUAUUUCCAAUAUAUGGAGCUAAACGAAAAGAAAGAAAUAGCCAGAAUUGGGAAAAGCCGCUAAAACUAGAAAUUUACUGUAUUCUGUUGUAACAUAUAAAGGAUAAAAAUCAUGAAAUAAACAAAGGAUAAAAGGAUCAAUUUAGAGGCAGUGCGACCAAACAGUUCUUCCGUGAACUAUUAUUAAUUUAAGGUGCACGAGAAUACUGAAAUAUUUAUUUUAUUCAGUUACAGAUACACCUCGCAAUCAGUGAACGAAGCCAAAAUGGGCUGUGCUUCACAGUGUGCCAAGUAUUUUCUAUGCUUCUUCAAUUUCGCUUUCUUCGUAAGUAUUAUGUUAUUUUAGCUAAUAACUUGUUACUAAUUUAACUUUGAUUAAAGUAUGAUUUCUUUUUUUUUUUUUUCUGAUUGAGGAAAAAAAAAGUAAUAUUUUUAUAUAUGUACAUCUAACGAUACAUUCAAAUAAUAAUAAACAAAGAAAAUAGUUCACUAACUAAUUCUAACAUAAUUUAUUAAAAUUCAUGUGAUAUUAUAUUUUUGAAACUUUUACUGAUUCUUUUAAUUUUUAAAUAAUGCAUUACUUUUCUAGCAACUAUCUUUAACAGACAUGAUUGCAAAAUCUAUUGUAUUUUUAAACAUAAAUUUGUAAUUUUAAAAAAAAAUUUUAGCAUAAUGUACUUUAGAAAUAAACUCAAUGAACGUGAAAAAGAUAUCUUAGAAUAUAUUUUUAUAUUAGUAUUUAGAAAGUGGUUCAUUAAGAUUGUAUUGUAGCUCACAUACAUCUCAUUAUAUAAUAACAAAUUUAAACUAAAAAUAAUAUACGUAUAAAAUCAAUGAAGAUAUAUAAAUGACAUUAAAAUUAACUUUCACAUAGGACCAAAAUGAUGGUACAUGUUCAUUUUAUAACAAAAGCGAAAAAAAAAAAAAAUAUAAUAAUGACACACAUUGUUGACAAACUACAAUUAUUCUCGUAUUGACACUUGUAUCAAUUUGUGUAAUUAUUAAAAUAUAAUAGUCAGUGGUAUUUUCUUGAAUAAUUGUACAAAUAAAAUUAUUGUAAUGUAUUUAAUCUUUUUAUUUAAUGAUGAAACUAUCCGGCUGUUUUGCAUAAAUAGUUUAUAUAGUUUUUGCAUAAAAUAAACCAGUCAACAUUGUAUUAAUAUUGUUCAACAGAAUAUAUUUCAAUCUCUAACUAAUUUUUUUUACUAAACUGAAGCUUUGUAUAUAAGUAUAUUAUAUACAAAGUUUUUGCAUAAAAUAUUAUAAGUAUAUUAUAUAGUUUUUGCAUAAAAUAAACCAGUCAACAUUGUAUUAAUAUUGUUCAACAGAAUAUAUUUCAAUCUCUAACUAAUUUUUUUAUUAAUUCGUUGAUUUGUAAAUCACUAAAAAUUAAUUACUGAAGCUUUGUAUACACUUGCUGAUAUAUAGCACUCAAUACAAAUAGUACUAACUUUUUAUAUAAAUUUAAAUAAUAUAAAACCAUUUUAUAUAAAAUCUUUAUAUAAAAACCUUUUUAUAUAAAAUUAAACCAUUUAUAUAAAUAAAAAUAUAAAUAUUUUUUCAUCGAACGGCUCUUGCUGAAAAAUUUAUUUGCCUAUUAACUUGAAGGAAUAAAUUAUUUAUUUGUUUACAGGUAGCCGGAGGAGCUGCGCUGGCGGUUGGAGUUUGGCUCUUCGCCGAUAGCAGUUCUUUUGCUGAUCUCAUCGGCAAACUCGAUCAAACAGACAUUUUGAAUAAAACGGAUGCCGAUGUCAUCAGGAUAAUAUCAUAUAUCCUGAUUUUGGCAGGAGCAUUGACUUUCUUAAUCAGUUUUUUGGGAUACUGUGGAGCAAUGUUCGAGUCUCGGUGUCUUCUUUGUGUUGCAGAACAAGGUACACGAAAUUUUCUCAAAUCUACCAUCAAAUAUUAUGCCAGUAAUAUUGACAAAACAGAGACAAUUACAGUGGCAUGGGAUGGCAUAAUGACACAGCUUCAUUGUUGUGGAGUAGACAAUUAUUUGGAUUUUCGAGAGAGCAUCAAUUGGACAUCUACAGAUAAAAUUGUGCCUGAAGCAUGUUGUAUGAAAGAAAACAAUGUUUUGAAGGAUCCAUCUUGCUCCAUUAGCCCUACUUCCAGCAAUUCUUAUCAUAAACAGGUUAGAAAAUGCUUUGUUUGGAUUAAUUAAGUUUAUAAUUAAUUCAUAAUAAAGAUUGUUCGAAAUAUAUAAAAGUACAAUUAUUGUACAACUAUUACAGGGUUGUUAUGAAGCAAUAAUAAGGACAAUCGAAGAAAAUGCAGCUAUAGUAAUCGGCGUUGCUGCUGGAUUAGCAUUUGUUGAAAUCCUGGUUAUUAUUUUAGCUCUACAUUUGGCAUGCUGUUACUGGCGACCACAACACGGUAGGCUUGCACUUCUCACUGAUGCCUCUUAAUUCACAAAAAGAAUAUUUCAUUGGAAUGUUUAAUCAAAAACCAUAUCAUCGUUGAUGAUAAUUGAAGGAAGAAUGCUUUCCUAUAACAUUAAAAAAGAUUUAAAUCAAAAUAUUUUUUUUUCUUUUUUAAUGUUAAACAAAACAUUAAAAUAAAUGCAUUCUUUUAGCUUGCAUUGACGUAUCGUCGAAACAUGCUUGGUGAAUUAACAACAAUGAAAAUAUUGUAUUUAUAUUACCUCGAAAGUUAAGUGUUUCACUUUGAAUUUAUUUUCAUUUUAAUAACAAUAAGUUUAGCAUAAUUAUUUUGCUUUAACCAUAUUUUUACAGCAUCGAUAUUUAUUCAUAACAAAAAAGGAUAUAGGAUAAUUUCUUAUAUUAAUAAUCAGUAUUAUUAUAGACAUUGAACAAAUUGGGAACAUUUAAUGUUGCAAUAUUUCUAUUAUUAAAAUCUGUAAUUGAUUAGUUAUUUUUAAUAACUAUAAUUAUAUUAUAUUGUUAUAUAUACAUAUAUAUAUUUCUAUUAUUUGUAAGUUCGUAUAUGUAUAAAUAAAAUUAUAAAUUGACUAAAAGUAAAUAUAUUUGCAAAAUAAAUUUUAUACGCUUAUAUGAGAGCACUAUAUAUAUAUAGUUUACUAAAACUUUUAUAACUUUUGUAUUGUAAUGAUUUUUGUGGAUGAUCUAAUGAUAAUGAACUGGAGCAGUUCACGCAAUCAUUUGUUAGUUCAUAUCGCGCACAAAACAUUUUCGUUUGCAGUUUUAACUUGUUGGUGUUGCUGUUGACCACAUAGACUAACAGUGAGUGCACCGUACCUUCUUGGCUCCUUCCUUCACAGAAGUGAAAAUUGGCUUAAGCUUACUUGAAACUCGGCCAGGAUAUAUUCGUCUAUUUAAUCAUUACUCUUUUAAAAAUAUUCAUCAAAAUAGAAACGUUUGUCAAAUAAUAUUUUUUACAAAUACUUAAAUGUGAAUAAAUUUAAAUUCGACUAAUAAUUAAAAACCUAUAAGUACAAAGCUUUAAAAUGCAAUUACUUAAUUUUUUUAAAUAGAACGCCAAUGAUUUAGUCAUUAAUUUAAUUAGGAUUAAUUGGAAAAUUAAUUUUAUUAAUAAAAAAAUUAUUGUUCAGUUUUGA